CGGGAAGCUACCUCAGCAGGUCAAUAGCCUACUAUGCGCAUCAUCGUAACGGGCGCAUCGGGUGUCCUUGGGUCUGCCAUCUAUGCGGCAUACAAGUCUGCCGGCCACACAGUGCUCGGACUUGCACAUUUGCGGCCAACGGAUGAGCUGAGGCAGCUCGACCUCCUCGACUCGGCGGAGGUGGAAAGGGUGUUCUCAGAAUUCAAGCCAGAUUGGGUGAUUCAUUGUGCUGCUGAGAGGAGGCCAGAUGUGGCAGAGAAGGACCCGGAAGGGGCUCGUCGACUCAAUGCAGUCCUGCCUGCGCAUCUGGCCCAAAUCUCGAAGGCGUUGAAGUUCACCCUCGUAUACAUCUCAACAGACUACGUCUUUGACGGAACCUCACCGCCUUACACCCCUUCUGCUCUCACGAAUCCUGUCAAUCUCUACGGGCGGACGAAGCGGGAUGGGGAGUUGGCCGUGCUCGGUGUAGUGGGCAGCAAGACCGUCAUCCUGCGCGUGCCAGUACUAUAUGGGCCCGCGCCGAAAAACUCCGAUUCUGCAGUGAACAUCCUACUUGACGUCGUGACAGACCAAUCCGGCAAGGAGUACAAGAUGGAUCACUACGCGACGCGGUAUCCGACGAAUGUCUUGGACAUCGCCGACUUCUUGGUACGACUGUCUGCAUUGCCGUCAUCGCGCCCAAUCCCUCCGAUUUUACAUUACUCCGGGGGCGAGCCUUUCACGAAGUACGAGAUGUGCCUCGUGUUUGCGCGCAUCCUUGGUCUGCCGCACAAACACAUUGUUGCAGAUGCAGAACCGCCCAAGGGAGACGCAGCCACGACCCGACCUCGGGACUGCCAGCUAUACACGCGUGAGACGGAAGAUCUCAUGGAGGGAUACGGCAGCCUCGGAUGGACACCAUUUGAGGAGUGGUGGGAGAGCUAUCUCAAGACGAAACAAUGAAGGCGGAGGGGAGGGUAAGCAUGAAGAAUGGAAGAAGUGAAUUGACCUUGUCAUGUACGUGUAUCGGACUGAAUUGACUUCAGGCGUUAUUAUUGU